AUGGGUUGGGCUAUGGGCAAGAAUCACACUGAUGUGGGCUGCAUAGAAGAAGAGAGGCAGGCUCUUUUGGAGUUCAGAUAUAGCUUAGUCUCUUACUCAGGCAAUGCCUUUUCUUGGGAAGGCAAACAAUGCUGCAGAUGGGAAGGAGUCAAAUGUGAUGGCAUCACUGGGCAUGUGGUCACAAUUGAUCUCAGCCCAAAAAGCUAUCCAAUGGCAGAAAAAUUAAUCAACAACGACGAAGUUACAGAUUUUCCCAUCCCCUCAUUGUCAAGUAAAGCAGUGAGUCCUUCCUUGCUAGAGUUUAAACAUUUGAGCAACUUGGAUUUAAGCCUCAUUGAUUUUCAAUUUAGUCCUAUCCCUUCGUUCCUUGGGUCCAUGAAAAAACUACGGUACCUUAAUCUUUCCCACUGUUACUUUUCUGGGUCGGUACCCCACCAUUUGGGGAACCUCACCAACUUGCAAAUUCUCGAUCUGAAUGAAGUUCAAGGGCCUUUCUCAACUUUACACGUGGAUGACUUCAUAUGGGUGUCUCAACUUUCUUCUCUGCGAUAUAUCAACAUGGGAGGAAUUUACAUUCGGAAUGAGAUCAAUACCAUAAUGCAGAUAAUUUUCAAUCUCCCGUUCUUAUUAGAGGCAGAUUUUACUCAAUGUCAAAUCUUUAGCCUUGGUAGUUAUCAUGGUUUUGUGAAUUCCUCCUCAUUGCCAUCCAAGGUUCAAGUCUUGAAUCUCAGGGGAAAUGUUCUUAAUGCCAUACCUGAGGCUUUGCAAAAUAUGACAUCUCUUAGAUCCCUUGACCUUUCGGACAACACUAUUGACUUUGUUCCCUUAUGCAAUCUUGACUCAGUUCCAUUAUGGCUAGGAGAGUUCAGGUCUCUAACCCACCUGAAUCUAGCCAGGAAUAAACUUACGGGCUUUUUCCCUGUUGCCAUUCUGAAUAUUUCUUCCGUUAAAUUCCUUGACCUUUCCAGCAACAAUCUGACAUCUGCAGUUCCAUUAUGGUUCAUCAAAAGAGUUCAGCAUGUCAAUCUGACCAACAAUAAAUUCUCCACUCUCGAAAGUUCUUGUCCUUGGAAUUCCAAAAUCAGUUGCAAUCUAAAAUCGCUGGACUUGGUGCCAGGCAAUAAAUUUCAAGGAGAAACAUUUGGAGGCUCCGAAGAUAUAUCAGUAUCCAUUAACAGUGAUUUACAAGCACUGGAUUUAAGUCACAAUGAAUUGAAAGAUCUUGCCGAUAGCUUAGGCCAUCUUAAUAACCUGGUGCACUUGAACUUGGCUUCAAAUUUGUUAUAUGGCCCCAUUCCAUCAUCCCUUAGUAAUUUGACGAAAUUACGAGAACUAAUUCUUGAAGAUAAUCACUUCGAUGGAACAAUCUCAGCAUUCUUGGGGAGAUUUUCUUUCUUAAGGGUGUUAGAUCUUUGUGGCAAUCACCUAGAAGGUAACAUCCCUGAUAGUCUUGGAAAGCUUCUGAACCUGGAAAUUUUGGAUCUGUCAGAUAACUCCUUUGAAGGCGCUUUUGGGGAAAUUCUCCUUCAUAAUUUGUCCUAUCUCCGGGAUUUAAGGCUAGGAAUGAACAAGUUAUCUAUAGAGCUCGCACCCAACUGGUUACGUCCUUUUCAAUUGACAUGUCUUCAAUUGCCAUCUUGCAAAAUUGAGACACCAUUUCCUCAGUGGCUUCAAAACCAAAAGAAGUUAGCCAUGUUAGACUUAUCAAACACUAGCAUUUGGGGACCGCUUCCAACAUGGUUUCGACAAAAGGAUCUACUUGUGCUUGAUCUCUCUAACAACAAAAUUAGCGGACAACUCCCACGAAACCUCCAUGAUAUGAUGCCAAAUUUGAUUAGUCUGUUACUUGGUAAUAACGUUUUGAAUGGUUCAAUUCCGAAAUCACUGUGUAAAUUGCAAGGGCUUCAAGACAUAGAUCUUUCAAAGAAUAGAUUAUCCAGUGAGAUUCCUACCUGUUUGGGUGAAAUUGGUGGUAUUACAUUGAUAGAUCUAUCAUCUAAUGAGUUAUCAGGCACCAUUCCUAAAUCAUUUUGUAGUAUUGAUGCUUCCUAUUCAUUGCAAUCUCUGAGCCUGAGCAACAAUAGAUUUCAUGGAGAGCUUCCAUCAACAUUGGGGUCUUGCAAUGCCUUGGAGGUUUUGGAUCUUGGCAACAACGAACUAUAUGGCAUUAUACCGUCAAUUAUAUGGGAAGAUUGUAGUGUGCUGAAAAUUCUCCGGCUUCGACAAAACAAGUUUAGUGGUAAUAUCCCUUUGAGCCUAUGCCAACUCCCAGUCUUGCAAAGCUUGGACCUUGCACGUAACAACUUAAAAGGAACGAUUCCUUUUUGCCUUGGGAAUCUAAAAGGAAUGAUUCAAAAUCCGUCAUCAGACGAGGGAUCAAAGGGAUUUCUGGCUCCUGAACCUGCACUUACAGCACCAACUGCUGAUUUUGAUGGAUGGGAUAAAGAACAUGUCAAGCAAGUCAUGAAAGGAAGAGAACUAGAAUUUACAAAAAAUUUGAAGUUUGUAGUCAAUUUGGACUUAUCAAACAAUUCACUGAGUGGCUCUGUACCUGAAGUUCUAACUUCUCUCAUUCAAUUGGUUAGUUUAAAUUUAUCGCACAACCAUUUGUCAGGAGAAAUCCCUAGCAAAAUAGGGAAACUGAGGCAGCUAGAAUCAUUGGACCUCUCUUGGAACCAACUUGCAGGUCCAUUUCCAAGUAGCAUGCCGUCUUUGACUUCAUUGAACCACCUGAAUAUGUCACACAACAACUUUUCAGGGCCUAUUCCCGAGGGAAACCAAUUCUUCACUCUUGAGGAUCCAUCCAUUUAUGCUGGAAAUCAAUAUCUCUGUGGAGAACCUGUGCUCAAAAAAUGCUCUGACAAUAACACAGAUGAAGCUCCGAGAAGUGCCCAUUUUGAAGACAAGAAUGAGAAAGAAAAAAUUCUGUUUUACUUUGUUGUAGCCCUUGGUUUCAUGACAGGGUUCUGGGGAAUUAUUGGACUCCUUGUGUUGAACAAGAGUUUAAGGUAUGUUUGCUUUAGAUAUAUGGAGAAAAUAGCAGAUGAAAUAUAUGUAGCAGUAGCAAUAAGGGCAGCAAGGCUCAAGAGAAUGGGAUUGAAACUUUGGUGA